AUGGAUUCAAUUCAAUCCCAAAAAAAUAUUCUGGUACAAGUUCUCUUUCAUUUCAUCCUGCAGUACGCUUCAUUGAAGCCAUUGGGUGACAGAGUGUUGGUUAAAAUCAAGGGUGCUGAAAAGUGCAGAAGGCAUGACAAUUCGGCGAAACAAGGUGUAAAUUGGUGUCAAGACUGGUACCCAGUUGUAUACUCCAAGUAUGCAGGGACUGAAGUUGAGUUUAAUGGGUCAAACCAUCUCAUACUGAAGGAAGAUGACAUUGUUGGUAUUCUUGAAAUAGAAGAUGUUACGGAUUUGAAAUCUCUUGAUGACAGAGUCCCUAUCAAGGGCGAGGAAGCCGAGGAAACGACACGGCGUAUUGCUUACACAAGCAAGCAAAGAAAAACCCUCUAUUGGCACAUAGGACCUGGUCCUUUAGAUGAUGAAGGAAACACCGUUCUUUACUCAAAAUAUGCAGGGAACAAUUUUAAAGGAACCACACCCCUUGAAUCUAAUUUUUCCACUUGCUUUAGCUAUAGCAUCAAUCUGGUCGGAUUUUAUUUUAAGUUUUCAUUCCCUACAAAUUCUGGAAAGGAUUUUUGUGAUAGAGUUCACUGUGAUUGGAUUAAAAGCAGCCUCUGA